UACGGAAUGUGUGUGUGUGUAUGCAGGAGGAACCAAGUGGAUAUCGAACAAGCUCAGUACCGAAAAGUAUGACCCUGCAGCAGACACGUGGACCGAGUUCCCUGACAUGGACUUCAAAUAUCGUGACAUAUACGCAGAAGUCAUCGACGAUAUGAUCUUCGUCUUCAAAGGAUAUAUUAUUUUUGGCGGCGCAUCUUACAAAUACAAGGAAAAUCGAUGGUAUCAAAUCACCCGUACGUGAUGGAAAAUGAGGCGUGCAGACCCUUGAUAUCGGAGACACUCGCGUUUCUGCACGGCUCAGAAAUGAUGACGAAGGAAUUCGUGACACCGAAGUUCGCCUACCCGCAAAUCCCACAGGACAUUCUGUUUGCUAUUGGUGGGUUUCACCACGGAGAUGUGAUCGAAGCGUACGACGCACGAGCAGACCGGUGGAGUGUGGAGGAGAAGGCAUCCAGAAAUAGAAGGAAGCUGGAACUCAGGUGGGAUGCUAACAACUCCUCACCAUAAAAGGACUAACAUAUUUAUACAGGGCUAAUUUUAAAUUAGGUUUGGCUACCAAAAAGCCUGAUUUUCUGUGCAUGACAAAGAGGAAAUCUGAGGAACAGAAAUGGAGCACAAAGAAUAAAUGUAUUAAGUUCAAACCUCAAAUAAAGAGGAAGGAUGGGAAUGUGUCCAUUAAGAAGCAGAAUACCUUGCAACACAUUCCAUCACCAGCUGAACUUGCACAGGAUACAGAUGAAGAUUUCUUAGGAUUUCCAGAAGCAACUUCUAUUGGACAAAUUGUGGGACUUUCUGCCCUUAAAGAUGCCAUCAGGAAGCUUGAAAGUGAACUUGAAAGCCUGGUGGAAGCAGAGAAUGGCUCAGAAAAAGAGUCUGAUGUUCCUGGGAGGCGUUAUCCUAAGCGAUCAUUAGCUCGAAAGAAUUACAUGGAGGGAAAUGUACUAGAUGAUGAUGAGUACAUAUUUUGUGAUGACUGUCACCAUGAGUGGGAAGGUGAUUGUCCUGUUCAUGGGGCUCUUACUGUUGUUGAAGAUACUAAGGUUCCAGCACACCCUGGAGAUCCAACUCGAGCUGACAGAACAGUACCCUUUCAGUUGUGCAUAGCUCAGUCUGGCAUCAGUGAUGCGGGCUGUGGUGUGUGGACAAGGGUACCUCUACGAAAGGGGUUGAGAUUUGGUCCAUAUGAAGGUGCAAAACUGGAAACAUCAAACAGUAAUGGCUACUGCUGGCAGAUUCAUCACAACAGUCGACCAUUAUAUUGUGUGGAUGCCAAGGAUUGUGGUGUUGCCAAUUGGAUGCGCUAUGUCAAUUGUGCUCGGCAUGCAGAAGAGCUAAAUUUAAUGGCAUUUCAAUAUAAAGGUGAAAUUUACUAUCGAACAUUCCAACACAUACCUGCGCAUGUUGAGCUGCUUGUGUGGUAUGGUGAUGAGUAUGGUCGACUACUGGGUAUUGAUGUUAAGAAUUUUCACAAACCUCAACAGAAACAGUGCCAUAGUGUGUUCCGGUGUGUUGGAUGUGGUACUACAUAUUCUAGCCCAUUGUAUUUGGAGAAUCAUAAGAUUUAUUGUCGUGGACUAAAGGGUAUCAGGUUAACACAAAGUGGCAGAGAGUUUGGUGUUAAAAGCAUUCAAAGCAACAGUAUUCAUACUAAGGUACAUUGUGGUCAUGACAGUAAUCGACCAACCAGCAUAAACUAUGUUAAACCAGUGAAUUUAAGCAUUAAAGGUGAUAUGUGUGACAAGGAUUCACACAUGGAUGACAAACCUUAUGUAUGUGAGGAGUGUGGUCACAAGUUUGCUCGAAGAGGUACUUUAAAAACACAUAUGAGAAGUCACACGGGAGAGAAGCCGUUUGAAUGUGAGGAGUGUGGUCACAAGUUUACUCAAAGAGGUCAUUUAAAAACACAUAUGAGAAGUCACACGGGAGAGAAGCCGUUUGAAUGUGAGGAGUGUGGUCUCAAGUUUACUGAAGGAGGUACUUUAAAAAGACAUAUGAGAAGUCACACGGGAGAGAAGCCGUUUGAAUGUGAGGAGUGUGGUAACAAGUUUGCUCGAAGAGGUUAUUUAAACAUACAUAUGAGAAGUCACACGGGAGAAAAGCCGUUUGAAUGUGAGGAGUGAGGUCACAAGUUUGCUCAUAGAUCUCUUUUAAUUAGACAUGAGAAGUCACACAGGAGAGAAGCCGUUUGAAUGUGAGGUGUGUGGUCACAAGUUUGCUCAUAGAUCUCAUUUAAAUGCACAUGUGACAAUCCACACUUGAGUGAAGCCAUAUGAAUGUGAGGAGUGUGGUCACAAGUUUUUAGAACAUGGGAUUUGAAAUUCCACACAAGAACUCACAAGGGAGAGAAGACGUAUGAAUGUGAGGCAUGCAGUCACAAGUUUGCUCAAUGAUCUGUUUAAUACAAACAUGGAAUCACACACAAGAAGAUAUGCAAAUAGAAGAAUAGUUUUCAAAAAUUUCUCUCAGAUAUCUGUUAUGAAUAUACAGCAUAAUAAUGCUUAUUGGAGAAAAGAUUGUGUAAGAAGCAUUAUAACAAGUGUUUACAUAUUGAAUCGAAUAUGACAGAAAAGAAAUCACACCAAGAUUGAAGUUAUUGACUGUCACAAAAUCAUCAUCCACUUGGAACAAUAUAAGUACUGCAUAAUAUGAAGACAAUUUAAGAGUUAUUGGUUAUUAUUGGGUGUAUAUUGAUGUUAUUGUUUGUAAAAUUCUCUCUCACCAUUGUUUGCUCAUCACUGAAAAUCUUUGAAGUUUAGAAAUUUAUUACUUCAUAUCCAUUCUUCUCAUUGGUUAUUUUUAUUAUAAGUGAAGGGAAUUGGGGUUUUAGGAAAUAUAAUUGUAAUGCUCAAUACAAUGUAUAGAUGAAAUAGUA